AUGAUCAACGAAGCGGUCGGUUUUUGUGAUUCUAGAGGCGACAAGCUUUUUCAACUCAAAUUCUUGGAGGAAAAUUUGGUGGAGAAUGUCAACAUGUUUAGCCGAACACUUGGUGGCAAUUCGAAUUAUAAUUUGGAAAAGGUCUACUUUUGGCUUCCCUUUGAAAGGAUUGUCGAUGAAAAUGGGGAGUUCUUCUAUGUCUCCUUGGUGGAAAAUGGGUUGAGGAGCACUGCGGAUUUAUCUGAACACUACGGAACACUCAUCAAUGAUUUCAAAAAGAAACGCGUCGCAAACAACGAAAAUUGCCUGGUCCUUCGCGUCACUGCAUCGUCAAUCUCAAUCGCUCCUGCCAACUGUGCCUCGACUGUUCCGUUUACAGCUUGUUCGACAACAGAUUGUCAAGUCAGAAAUCAGGAUGUCCUAGGCUCGGAUCUACUGGAUUCGAAAAACUCUGAAUCGAGUGCUUGCGAAGAAGGCUGGCUGGAAGAUGGAAAGAAUAACUGUUUGAAAGUUUUGGCAUAUGAAGAUGGUAUUUCGGACGAAUGUGAAUCUCAGGGAGCAUCAAUGGAUGUCCUCUUCCAAUUGAGCUACUGGUUUCCUGAUAUUACAGUCACUCAUAUCUACAAUCAGCCAAAUGAAACAUGCACUAACAUCAAAAAAUAUGAAGACAUCAACAUGUGGGAAAUUUCUUCUGAUGCCUCUCUUUGUGGCGAAACUGUGAAUUAUGUUUGCGAGAAGCCAUCUUUAGUAGUUGAGCAAGAAAUCGUCCCUGACGCGUCUAUACCAGGAAUGAUCACAGCGCAAAUGACGGGAAAUUACCACAAAGAAAAUAUUCUUUCCUGCGAAGAAAAUUGGAGCCCGACUGGAACUGGCGAAUGUCUCAGAUUUUUCACAGAGGGGAGAGAUUUUGAAUCUGCCAUAUCAUUUUGCGGAAAACAAGGAGGAAAGCUUGCUGGCUAUCCGGAAUACAUGAACAACCAGCUUUUGAAGAGUCUUGAGCAAAUCGGAGCAGCAUACAUUGACAUUGAUUCUGACUCCUCUAGCCAAAUGACAUCAACAAUUGGAAGGAUCAUUGAUCAACAGCUUAUUGAGGAGACUAUUGCAAGGAAUCUCUGUGGGGUACUUACUACAACCGAAAAUUCGACGAUCAUUGCAGUUGAUCUGGGAAACAGAGCGCAAAACACAAGAUUUGAAAACAUGAUUACGGAAAGAAGAGGAAGAUGGAUAUUUCUAGUGCUGAUGAUGAUGCUGUUGACUUUGGCAGAGGCUCAUGGUAGCGUACCGAAACUAACGACCGCCUGGAAAGUCGUUCUUUACUCGAUAUGCGGUCUCGUAGCACUGGCAGCGACUGUCGGAAUAAUCAUCGUCAGCUUGAUUGUUUUCCAGAGCGUCACGAAAAGCAGCAUCUUUUACAUUCCUGACUCAUUCGAACCUGUCCAUUCCAAAAUAUAA